UUCAACAAGGAUAAGAACAAAGUUGUCAUUGUAGUGGGUGCUAACGUUGAGGGUGGUGUAAACAGAUGGAAAGGUCCAAGCGAGUGGUCAACCGAAAAGUUGUCCAUUCAAAACAAGAAGAAGUACGCACAGUUGCACGGGUACGAUAUUGUUGUGAAGGAUUAUACCAAGGCAAAGAAGUAUUCAGAUGAUCACCGUGAAGGCUGGCAAAAGUUUGAUCUCAUUAAGCAGGUGAUGGAUGAGUACUCCAGCGGUGAUUGGUUCUGGUAUUUGGAUUUACAUACUCUGAUCAUGGAACCAGAUGUGAGAAUUGAAGACUUGGUUUUUGAAGAGUUGAACUCAUUGAUGGUUAGAAACUUGGCAUCGUUCAAUCCAAAUGGCCUUGUCACUGAUAUCCCAUACACCUCACCGGACGAUCCAGUGAAUCUGAUCCUAUCACAGGACUGCGGUGGCUUCAACUUGCACAGUUUCCUCAUCAAGAAGACGUCGUGGACGAUGUUACUAUUCGAUACACUAUUUGACCCUGUCAUAUACCUCAAGGAGCACAAGAAAUGGACAAAUGGCGAGAAGCACGCGUUGGAGUACUAUUACGAUAAGUUUGCAUGGAUUCGUUCCCAUAUUGGGUUCAUACCAUCGAAAUUGAUCAGUGCGUUAGCAAAGGAUGCUUGUCCACAGCUGAAAUAUCCAGAUCAGAAAUUCUUCUAUAAUGAAACCACUAGGGACUUCUUAGUAGAUAUGGAAGGCUGUGAGUUCAACAGAAACUGCUUUGAUGAGAUGCAAUACUACAUGUCUAUAAGUGAAAAUUUGCACAAGAGUUGGAUUUCUAAACUGCUC